AUGGCGGGACCGUCGAAUCUUCACCUUGACCCUGCGCUGCAGAAGUACUACGACACACACAAGAACCGCUACAAGUAUUUUAGAUGGACGCCGCGCACUGCCUGGCUCUCACUCUGCUACAUGGCUGUCAUCCCUGGCAUCGUCGGCUACAUCUCCUACAAGACAGAUGUGGGUGCUACAUUUCUACCAUAUUCAUACCCAGUUACAGCAUGGCGCUAA